GAAAUAUAAUUUACGUUUUGCUGCCGAAUUGCUCAAGUUCGAUAAAAUUCAAUUCAUUAAAACGGAGGGUCUAACAUUCGCAUUGCUGGCGGGCCCCAUGGGCCAAGCGGCAAGUAUGUGUCGAUUUCGUGGUUGUCGCUACAAAAAUAAGAAUAAGAACAGCAACAAGCAGCAGCAGCAGCAACAACAGCAACAGCAGCCAACACCUCUACCCAGUCCCCAAUUGCAACAUCAGACCGAGGCGGCAGCAACAGGCCUGCAUUUGCGGAGCAUUGAAGAGCCGGCGACGACCCCGUUGCGAAUGAAUGCGGAGCAGGGGGGCACAGGGUACGGCUAUGGCUACGGCGAGCACUCGCUCCUCCUUGCCACACGCACCGGUGUCCCCCUGCCACCAGCCGCACACCAGCCAUCACCCGCCCACCACUAUCAGCCGCUGAGCAGCAGCAGCAGCAGCAAUCAGAAUAAUAUUGGAUCUGGACCUGGAUCUGGAUCGGCUGCUGCGGCACCCCCACCAGCCCUCUCCUCCGCCUAUCCACAGCUGCAGCUGUAUGCCACACAGCCGUCGAUGCAGCAGCAGCAACAGCAGCAACAACAGCAACAGCAGCAGUGGCAACACCAGCAUCAGUCCUACCAGCAUCAUGCGUCGUCGUCGCCGCAGCACAGCAGACCCCCCUACGAUCCAGAGCAUGCGCGAAUGGAGGCCUGGCUGGAUGAGAAUCAGGAAUUUGUACAGGAUUAUUUUAUAAGAAAAGCCACACGUCAAACGGUGGAUGCCUGGCUGGUCUCCCAUGCCACCACGGCGGGCAAUGAUGUGGUCUGUUCCAGCAGCUCACCCACACAUCCCAAUGGACAGACGAGCUCCUCGCGUGGCGGCUCUGGAGCCACCACACCAGUGCGGAAAAUCUCUGCUCACGAAUUUGAGCGCGGUGGACUGCUGAAGCCGAUUGUGAACACUAUCGACGGGACGCCGACGUUCUUGAGCAUUGGGCCGCCGAUGAUGGACAACGGCGUGGGUGUGGGCGGAUCCUGUUCGAAUCUGCAGAAUGUGGGGGGCGUUGUGGCGGGUCAGUAUCAGUAUCACAGCCACCACCACGGCCACUCGUACCACCAUCAUCCGCAUCAGCAUCUGCACCACAGCCAGCACAGCCACUACCAGGCAGGCGGGGCGGUGGGCAGCAGCAGUUCGGGCAGCAUCAGCAGCGGUGCGGCAGCAGGAACCGCAGGCACUGGUGGCGGUGCUGGUGGUGGAGGCUCCCCAGGCAGUGGGGGCGGAUCCUCGUCCUCGUACCAGUUCUAUCAUUGCAUCCAGCGACCGCAGCGGCUGUCGCGCAACGAGCUCAAGCAACUCGACGAAAAGGAAAUCAUUUUUGAACUGGUAAAGGAUAUCUGCAAUGAACUGGAAGUCCGCACGCUCUGCCACAAGAUACUGCAGAAUGUCUCCAUUUUGUUGAAUGCGGAUCGUGGAUCGCUGUUCCUGGUGCAAGGACGCUGCAAUGGACCCGAUGGACUCAAGAAAUGCCUCGUCUCGAAGCUGUUCGAUGUGUGCCCCCGGAGCACCGUGGAGGAGAUGGAGCAGCAGGAGGAGGUCCGUGUGGCCUGGGGCACGGGCAUUGCCGGCCAUGUGGCCGAAAGCGGGGAGCCCGUCAAUAUACCAGAUGCUUACCAGGAUGAUCGGUUCAAUUGUGAAAUCGAUUCGCUGACCGGCUACCGGACAAAGGCCCUCCUGUGCAUGCCCAUUAAGGACUCCUCUGGGGAUGUGAUUGGCGUUGCUCAAGUCAUCAACAAAGUGAAUGGCGAGUGCUUCUCCGAAAUCGAUGAAAAGGUCUUUGCCUCGUAUCUGCAAUUCUGUGGCAUCGGACUGCGCAAUGCCCAACUGUACGAGAAAUCUCAAUUGGAAAUCAAACGGAAUCAAGUGCUGCUGGACCUCGCACGCAUGAUCUUCGAGGAGCAGAGCACCAUCGAGCACAUGGUCUUCCGCAUACUCACGCACAUGCAGAGUCUCAUCCAGUGCCAGCGCGUCCAGAUACUACUCGUCCACGAGGCGGACAAGGGCAGCUUCUCGCGGGUCUUUGACUUUGAGGCGAACGACCUCCGCGAGGAGGAGGCCACCUCGCGCACCAGCCCCUACGAGUCGCGUUUCCCCAUCAACAUUGGCAUCACCGGGCAUGUGGCCACCACGGGGGAGACUGUGAUGGUGCCGAAUGCCUACGAGGACGAUCGCUUCGACUCGAAAGUGGACGAGAACUCCAGCUUCAAGCAUCGAUCGAUCCUGUGCAUGGCCAUCAAGAACUCUUUGGGACAGAUUAUAGGCGUCAUUCAGUUGAUAAACAAAUUCAAUGAACUGGACUUUACCAAAAACGAUGAGAACUUUGUGGAGGCGUUCGCCAUCUUCUGUGGCAUGGGCAUUCACAACACGCACAUGUACGAGAAGGCCAUCGUGGCAAUGGCCAAGCAGAGCGUCACCCUGGAGGUGCUCAGCUAUCAUGCCUCGGCCACCAUGGACGAGGCCCAUCGGUUGCGUCGACUUCGUGUACCAUCGGCCGUACAUUUCCGCCUACACGACUUUAAGUUCGAUGACAUCCACUUUGAAGAUGAUGAUACACUGAAGGCCUGUUUGCGCAUGUUUCUGGAUCUCGAUUUUGUGGAGCGUUUUCAUAUUGACUACGAAGUGCUGUGCCGUUGGCUGUUGAGCGUCAAAAAGAACUAUCGCAAUGUUACGUAUCACAAUUGGAGGCAUGCCUUCAAUGUGGCCCAAAUGAUGUUUGCCAUUCUGACGACCACACAAUGGUGGAAGAUCUUUGGCGAAAUUGAAUGCUUGGCUCUCAUUAUUGGCUGCCUGUGUCAUGAUCUCGACCAUCGAGGGACUAACAACUCCUUUCAGAUUAAAGCCUCUUCGCCUCUGGCGCAGCUGUACUCCACAUCCACCAUGGAGCAUCAUCAUUUCGAUCAGUGUCUGAUGAUUUUGAAUAGCCCUGGAAAUCAAAUACUGGCCAAUCUCUCCUCCGAUGAUUAUUGCAGGGUUAUACGGGUGUUGGAAGAUGCCAUUCUGUCCACCGAUUUGGCAGUGUAUUUCAAAAAACGUGGCCCAUUCUUGGAGAGCGUGGAGCAGCCAUUGAGCCAUUGGGUGGGCGAGGAGCCGCGUGCUUUGCUGCGGGCCAUGAGCAUGACUGUCUGUGAUUUGUCGGCCAUCACGAAGCCGUGGGAGAUUGAGAAGCGUGUGGCCGAUUUGGUUAGCUCCGAGUUCUUCGAGCAGGGCGACAUGGAGAAGCAGGAGCUGAACAUAACUCCGAUUGAUAUCAUGAAUCGCGAAAAGGAGGACGAGCUGCCCAUGAUGCAAGUGAACUUUAUUGAUUCCAUUUGCAUGCCCAUCUACGAGGCCUUUGCCACACUCUCGGACAAGCUGGAACCUCUUGUCGAGGGUGUGCGCGAUAAUCGCGGGCAUUGGAUCGAUCUGGCCGAUGGAAGCAAAACUAGUCAGGACGAGGAAGAGGAAGAGAAGAUGGAGAAGGAUCAAAAGGAGCAGAAGGAGCAGCAAAUUGUGAUAUCGAAUGGUGACUGCAAGGCCGCGACGAUGAGUGAUGAUGAUGUGGCACAAGCCGAUGCUGAAGCAGACCAAAGCGUAAAUGGCACACUCACAGCGGUAGCCAACAGCAGCAACACAACUAAUAACCACAUUGCCGUCGUUGCUUCUCAUCCCACCAGCACCCAGCCCAGUGAUGAUGAUGAUGAUGCUUGUAACGAUGUGGUUGCUGCCGCACCAGAGGAGCAGGAGCAGGAGCAGGAGAGGAGCACUACAGAGAACGGUCAUGCCGAUGCUGAUGCCGAUACCGAAGUGGAGUCGAACAGCAGCUGCCUGUCCUCGGCAACCUCGUCGACAGCCUCCAGCCGUGCAUCCACGCCGCCGCCCACUGGCGAAGAUGACAGCACACCCGUUUCGCCCUCAAAGACGCUGCAGGCCCGACUCGUGGCAGCCAAUCUGAAUGCGUUGCAACGUCAGAGCACAGCCGCACAGAAGCCGCGCUGCAGGAGCUGCGACCAGUCGCAGCGCAGCGGCCUCCAGGUGCGCAAGACAAGCUCCCUGAAGGGGACCCAGGAUCUGGAGUCCAGGAAUGGCACGGCUGCUCUUUGCAAGAGCACGCCCAUGAUAAACAACCACAACCACAACAACCAUCAUCAUCAUCAUAGUCACAGUCAUAGCCACAGUCAUGCUGGUCAUUAUCAUCAUCAUCAUCAUCACUCGCAUCAGAAUCACCAUCCCAUAAUCGGUGGGGGCAUUGGCACAGCCAGCAUCGGUGGCAGCGGCCUGAUCAGCCUCAAUGCCUCAUCGGAAAGUGAUAGGAUACCAAAAAUUGUGGGUAAAAUUGGAAAUCUCGAUGGUCUGCCCUUUGGCAAUGGGUGCACACCGAAUGGUCAUGGAAUGCCGUACGGCAGCUAUCAAAACCAUCAUCAUCAUCAUCAUCUACUGGCGCGUCGUCAUUCGGAGACAAACAGCAAUGGGGGAGCCACCGCCUUGGCAGCUGACAAAUAAAUGAAAAAUACAUCCCAAUUAAAUAAUCUUCAAUAUGUACAUACAUACAAACAUCCACCAUCACUACACUACACUAUACAUAUAUGUACACUUCUCUCUCUCAUCUUGUAUAUAACAUUUUCUAUUGAGCAAGCAACAGUAUCGCAGUGCAGUAGAGGAAGAUAAUGAAAGAAAACGAAAACGAUAAAGAACAUACCAUAAGCAUAGCCUACACUCUAAAGAACUAUAUAGCAAAAAGCAAAAAGAUUCCUAUAUCCAUAUGUGUGUGUAUAUUUUUUGAUCUAUGUGUGUGUUUGUGUAUCUUCAAUUUUAGUCCAUACGAUAGAUAAAUCAUAAAUGAUAGAAUGAUAAAAUGAUAAAGCAAAGAAGUCAAAUUCUCUAGAUGUUUAAGCACAAAAAAACAAACAAAACAAAAAUUGUACCAAAAAAGGCAGAGUAGUGGAUUCUUAAAUGAGAAUUGCCCGUGUUGGCUCAUGUACAGUACUUGUACUUUAUAGAGCAUAAAGCAGCAUCCCUAAAGCAUGGCAAAAAGGAAAAAGUAUUGUAAUAUCCGCCUACCCCCCAUACAUAUACAUACAUAUGAUAUGAUACUAUGAUGAUAUGAUAUGAUAAUGAUUGUAUAACUCUUAUGUAAACGUAAACGUUAGUUGAAUUAUCUCUAUGGGUACCAAAAGUCUAACUUUAGUAGCAUUAACCAACCAACCAAGCAACCAACCGCCGCUUAGUCGAUGAAUGAUAAAUGAUUUACGAUAAACGCGCGACCCUUAGUUUUUAAUAUAACCUCUCCGGACACACACAAAGAACACAGAAGAAUACCAGAAGAUGAAAACACUAAGCGCUUUGAUUUUCCCCCUCUCUGCGCUCUUUUCGAAUUUAAAUAAUUGUAAUGUUACGCGAUAAUAAUAUACAUUAUGUAAUUGUAUCUAUGUGUUAUGUCGAUGGCAUACUAUGCAAAACCAUCCUUUGAGCAUCUAACCCUAACCCUAACUCUGACCAGCACGUCUAACGUUCUGUGUGUGUGCGUUACUUGGGCUAAUUGCCAUUACAUAUUUGUGCAGAUGCAGAUCUACGAGUAUAUAGAGUACAUAUGUAUGUAUAAUCCUUUCUUUAGAUUAAAUUGUACUUUGUGAGUUUUGUUAUUUAUUGUCGGCAUUAUAGAGAAUCCUCCUAUCGAAAAUACACAAAAUAUUUGCUGUAAUGGAACCCUGUUCAACAAGGCAAAACUAAAUAAAGCAACAAAAUAUAUUAAACAUU